GCCCUCUCACACUCACCUAUUGCACUCAGGCCAGGCAGGAGCUUCGGGCUCAGUAUCUCUGUCAGGGGGGGAAUCAGGGAGAUUUACUUAUCCUCCGAAGUGCGCCACCCCCCUCGCCGACUUGGUAGGCUCUAGAAAAAGGACAGCGAGCCUGAGUGGGACAGUAAGUGCGCGGCAAGCAGCUGCCAGAGACGCAGCGCGAGUGCUGGAAACUGUGUGCGCUACGGGGGCUGCUCUGAGCUCGCUUGGGACGACGAACACCUGGGAAACUCUUUUACAAAGUUUAUUUCCUUCCUCGCCAUGGAACUGUAUAUGAAAAUUCAUCUUAUUUAGGACGCAGCAAACAAGAGGGACACACUCUAAGCCAUAACUGCCCCCAACGGAAGAGCACCUGUACCUUUAAUAACCCUGGCAGCUUCCAGUGAGUGAGGCGCCCGGAGUGAUCCAUUGGUGACAGCGCAAGGGGGUGACUAUAAACUCCUCAGACUGGGGGGGGGGAUCUUACUGUACUUCCAGCGCUGCAUCUGCCAGAGACAUGAAGAUGAAUGUGCCCUCCGCAGGGGAAAGCAGGAUUCUCUUACUGGGAUUUCUGUUAGCUGCUUGCCAAGCUCUGGAGAACACAACCAGCCAGCUCAGUGAUCCUCCAGUAGCAGCUGCCGUGAGAUCUCACUUUAAUGAUUGCCCUGACUCUCACAUGGAUUUCUGCUUCCAUGGAACAUGCAGGUUCAUAGUGCAAGAAGAUCUACCAGCCUGUGUAUGCCAGCCAGGGUUUGUUGGUACCCGCUGUGAACAUGCCGACCUCUUAGCGGUGGUAGCGGCCAAUAAUAAGAAACAAACAAUCACCGCUCUGGUGGUGGUGUCUAUUGUUGCAACAGCCGUCCUUAUUGGAACUUGCAUGUUAAUACACUGCUGCAGAAGAAAGCAGUGCCAGUGGUGCCGGGCUGUGUUCUGUCAGCAUGAGAAGCCUGGCAGUUUCUUGAAAGAUGGGGUUUCCUGCUGCAAAUCCGAGACAGUGGUGUGAGAAAGAGCAAUUCCCCAGCAGGAGAGACUCCCAAGCCCAUCUCAGGCAAGGAACACCCUGCUCAACUCCUCAUCUCUGACUCUAAGCUGAGCUGCAGCUCCUAAACAGGGUGCAAGUUGCACUGCGUUCCCUUCCCGAGGCAUGGACACCCCACCCAACAUGUCCUGCAAAAUGUGAAGCAGAGGAGCACAGUGACGGACUCCAUCUCCAUACUUAAUGGGAUUCCAAAUACUCUGGAUCCAGCGACGGAAGGACGUGUCAUGUGACCAGUUUUGCCUCUAAUUUGUUACAGAAGCAUCUGCUCUGGGUUCAGUUGUUACUCCCAAAAUCCUUUGCUGCCAAAGAGGGCUGCAUCGCAUCGCUGGCCACAUUGGCAAUAACAACACAAGCUUAAUGUUCAUUUUUAUUUAAUAUUAAAGACUGAGAAAGUCA